CUCUCUCUCUCGGGUUUAUAUGUGGAUAUCUCCUGCUCCACAGCAGAUCUUUGCGCUCGGACUGGAGGUGUCGUUCAGGAGCCACGGCUCUCUCUUCUACCGGACAGGACACCCGUGAGCUUGAGCAUGGCAGACUCCUACUAAAGCCAUCACGGAGAGAUACGCGUAUAUACCGACUAUGGCUGUGGACGCUGCGUCCAGCUUCAGCUUCUGCCGGGCUGGGCUGGACCACACAGUCUCAGCAGAGGAGCUGAACUAUCAGCUGCCACGCAGGGCCGGGGGCAACCUCACCUGGCAUGAAGGACGCGGGCAGAGGGUGACGAGGAGGACCGUCAAACUGCUACAGCAGCCCGGCACAGAAGGAAUACAGAUCCAGCCAGGAGAGGCCUUCACUGUGUACCACACCAGCCCAACGCUCUCCAGCUUAUGCAAACCAGUGGUGCUAUGGACCCAGCAGGACGUCUGUAAGUGGCUGAAGAAACACUGUCCCCACAACUACCUGACCUACGUGGAGGCCUUCUCUCACCACGCCAUCACAGGUCGUGCCCUGUUGCGGUUGAAUGGAGAGAAGCUGGAGAGGAUGGGUAUAAUCCAGGAGACACUGAGACAGGAGGUCCUGCAGCAGGUCCUACAGCUACAGGUCAGAGAGGAGGUGCGCAACCUACAGCUGCUCAGCAGAGCUUCCUUCGGCAACAUUUCUUAGCUCACUAUCCUUUUGGCAGCUCUCUCGUCUUCCUGGCGGAUACAAGAGUCCUUGUUCCUGCUACAGACAGACAGUCAGAGAGAGAGAGAGAAUCUGCCUGGCGGUGGAGCUGUAGAGGAGACUGUUAACUCCACACCAAUUUAACAGACAGGACCGUCUUUUUAUGCAAAACUGGAUGGGGUUUCAAAGACUCAAAAGGACAAAGUCGGACUCUAAAACUGUAAUAUAGUGAUACGAUUCAAGUCUCACCUCAUCUCUACAAAACCUAGACAACCAAGCAGAGCUCUGUCAGACAAGAGCAAGGACAUGGAUUGGAUCAAGACCACUUAAGAAGUUGAUCUCAGAUCCAAAUCUCAGAUCAUGUUACGGGAGCAACACCUCUUGAUUCCCUGAGGUUUAAAGUGUUCAGAUGUCUGAUAGCCCUGCUCUUUUGACCCAGCAUCACUCGCUCAGAAUGGAUGUAGAUGCAGUGCUGAAUAAAUCCUGUUUCUACAAGUGUGGGAACAACAGAAAAUUCCUCCUCCUACCUCUCACAAUAGAUUGUAUCAUUCCAUUUGCAGAUGUAAGAAAGAGAAUUAUAUGUAGAAUAGGGCAUGAAGUUUGAUUAUCCAACAUUUCCCCAUUCCUGAAUUCUACACAACAGACUAAAGGGACGUUCACACUGACAAAAACAAUGACUACAUGAUCUGAAACUGGAUAUUAAUGACAAUUUGUUUAAAAAUUAACAUUGAAUGUUAAUUAUAUCAAAUGUGCACACUUAAAAACCAACCACCAUUUUAUUUCCUUCUCAGGAUGUUCUAUUGCUUUCUAUGUUAUUCCUGCUGUUACCUUCAUGAAUGCACUAAUUUAUAUUUUUGAUUUCAGUGUCAUGUUGAAAUCUUGCACACAAUGUAGAUGUUUAGGUUUUCUCCUAAUAUAUCAAAUAACCUGACUAUGAAUAUACCUUUACUGUAGGAGUUACAGUAUGUGUCUAGAUCAUUGUCACUCGUAGAAGUCCCAGUUGUCCUCCUUUACAAAGCAAUAAUGUAAGGCGCUGCCACAUGUCUGCAUGGCUGUUUUUAGAGUAGCUACCUUACAAUCAGAAUCUUUAGGUCUGCAACAUACUCUACGCAAUCAAAUGCUUCUAGAUUCUAGCUCAAUUUGGUGUCUCGUUCCAAGAUGAAGCAA